AUGAGGACGUUUUGUCAAUAUUCUGUCUCUUUCAGAUGUUUCCUCAAUCAUAUUCGCUACACUUGAUACCGAACUGAAAGUCCACCAUUUUCUGAUUUGACGUUUCUUUGACGUUUGUUCUGAAAUCUAAAUUUAAUGAGUCGCGGAAUAGCAAGAGGACAGUUCUGACCUAGCAUCAACUGUAUAUGUGUUUUCUAUUUGAAUGCUUUUCUUCUGUUACAAUAACGAUACCCUGUUCUUAUUAGCAUGUAUUAUAAUAUUCACAAAUUCAUGGGAAGUCUUGUCUUUCAAUUGGUUUUUGUUAAAAUCAUCGAGGCUCACCCAACUGUAACUUACUUCAUAUAUCAAAAAGUGCCAAUUUAAUUUAUAGUAAGAACUUUGAUGAAGGUGGCCAAACUCUCUAAAAUAUUCAAACAUUGAAAAAUUAACCUCUGACCUCGUGAAGAGUGUUUUGGAGUUAAUCUGAACUUGCUGUUUUAUAUGAAUAUAUGGUUUAUUACAUAAGAAAUUGUAGUUUAAUUAGACAUCCCUUUUGUUAUCAUAGACCUACCAGAUUUUUAGUACCAGUGACCCGUUUUUUGACGAAUUCUGUAGCUCACUCAAGUUGACUUGAGUACUAGUAAGCACACUCUUCUCAAAUAAAGUUCCAUGAAACUAGUUCUUUGCGGAUUAUCAUUUCCAUCAUAAUAUAGGUUUACUUAUUUAAUACAUACGUGGUUUGAAAUGGCCACAUUGUUGAAUGGUGUUUUACAGCAUUAAUAGUUACAGAACUAAUUUAUAAUCACUUUAUAAAUUUAUAAUUAUAGCAGAGAAUGGAAAGCUAGGUAUGAAUUAAUGGGCAGAGAAAGGGAAAAAAACUUGAGGUGUGUGAAUUUUUUUUAAAAGCUUUAGAGAGCAAAUGGCGCAUUGACAAGUACAGAAUAUGACAGUUGUUGACUGAUUGUCAUGGGCUUAGCAGUACAAAAAUAGCUCUCUUGUGUUGAAGACAUUAAAACCGAAAGCUUAUUUAUGGGUCAGUUGCGAUGACUUCAAGCUGAACUAUCUGAGCAGACAACCUAUGAGCCUGGUAGGGAACCUAGAGUAAAUUUUAAGAUGCUUGCCAACCCUGCAGUUGGAAUGGCUAGAAAUGUCAGAACUGAAUAUAGACCUUACUAUAAACACCCUUUCUGGGUCGUAGUUCAGAAAAUUAGGCUAUAGAUUCAGUGCUCAUAAUCUAGACAUUGCUGUUGUGGUUGUACUUUACCUGAUCUACUUACCAAACGUAUCCUGUUCUGUCUCCAACAUUUAGGCCAGCAUCACAGUUUGUCUGACUUAUCAUGUAGUUGGACUUACACAUAAUUGGACUAAAAACUUUUUAUGCACUUGGAUUAUUGUAAAACUUAUUUCACACUAUUACAUUUCUUUAGAAUGUUUUUAGGCAUUUGAGAUUGUUUAUAAGAGCACUGAGUAGCUGGUAAAAAUACAGAAUCAACAGUUAUGAUCAAUGAAAGGCACGAUUGGUAAAAACCACUUACUACAUACUAUGUUUCAUAUGGUACAACAAUUUGGGGACCUCAGACCUUGAUGUUACAGAAGGAUAUGAUAUGGAAGGUGCCUGUUUUAAUGAUGAGAAGAGUGCAAUGAUUGUUCCUGGGAAAUGUAGCGGUGUGUGUUCCCCUACUGCACCAUGCCUGCCAUUGCAAAUAGCAGCGACAUGAGCAUUCUGCUUCAGGUGGCUGCCAUAGAAAAGUCCAACUUAGAGCGCAUAGCCGCAGGCACUGAUCCUGAUGUGCUAGACCCCUCUAAUGUUCCUGACAGUUGCCAACCUUCAUCUCAGACUUACUCAGGGUGUUUUGGACUGCCUUAUCAAGAUCACAACUAUGGAGCCCCUCCCCCACCAACCCCGCCGCAGUCCCCUCCUCUGCAGUCCCCAAUCUCCCCGGGGGUGCCCAGGGUCAACGGCCACGUGGACCACGGAGUGGACGACACCACAGUGGUAGACCAUAUCACUGAGGUGAUAGAGAGCGUGGUCAACGAGGUCCACAGCAGUAACAGCAGCCUGAGCAGCAGCAGCAGUGGUGGCAAUGUUGGUGCAGGGGGAGCUGGGACGGGAGAGGUCCAGGUGGUGGAAGAGGAGGACUGGUCAUAUAGUGUCACCCGCUGUAUAUGUAACAUGGACCAUGAUGAUGGAUACAUGAUCUGUUGUGACCAGUGCAGUGUCUGGCAGCAUAUUGACUGUGUCAUGUUGGACAGGACGAACAUCCCAGAGACGUACUACUGUGAAACCUGCAGGCCCAGGGAGGUGGACAGGGAGAGGGCUAUUAGGAUACAGACCAGGAAAAAAGCUGACAUGUCAGAUACCAGCUCAGAUAGUGAUAAUGAAACUUCAUACAUAGCCAAGGCCAGUUCUCCCACUUCCAUUACCCUUACCCCAACCAAGAAAAAUAAGAAGGAAACACAUGUAAUCAGUGACAAUAAUAACAAAGGAGAUAAGAAAAAAAUAAAGGAAAAGAAGAACAAAAACAAAAGAACUGUUAAGGCAGAAUAUGAAGAUGGCAACAGCAAUAGUAGUGUAUCUGACAAACAGAAGAAGAAAAAUUCAAAUUUCCGAGAAGGCGAGAGGAAAUCUACUCGAAUGAAGCUUCCAAAGAAGGCCCCUGGGCCAGUGCUAGAAGAUGAAAAUGCCCAGGAUCCCUGGGACUGUUCUCUGAGCCCAUGGACAGACAGUUUUGAAGAGGCAAAAACAAACCAGUAUUGUGCAGAAAUACAAGAUGUGGUUGCAGAGAGAUAUAAUGGUUUACAUAAUGGUCCUUUGGAGGAAUCUGCCCCUUUUAAGCAGCUGCUGGGUCAGCUGUACACUGUGGCCCAGGUGGCACACAACAGAAAGGGUUUGAAAUCUUCCCAGGACAUAGCAGCAAAUAAAGCCAUUAUGGAAUUCCGAGGCAUCUUCAUGUUAAGGCAGCAAUUUGAUAAAGACGAUACCUUCUUUAAAAGGUUAUACCCGUUUGUGUUGUUCUACCCUAAAUUUGAAGGAUUGGACAUUUGUGUGGACGCAGGUGCUUGUGGGAAUGAUGCCCGCUUCGUGCGGAGGUCGUGCCACCCCAAUACAGAAGUGCGCCACCUGGUGGAGAAUGGAAAGCUUCAUCUUUUCCUUUACUCUGUGACGCACAUUGCCAAAGGCGCAGAAAUCACAAUUCCCUUUGAUUACAAUUACCAAGACUGUGAUUAUGCUGUUGAGUGUGCUUGCUGCCUGGACUCCCAUCAUUGUCAAGUUCUGGAAAGCAGGAAAGUGAAGAACAAAGUCAGUGCUGGAAAGAAGAAUAAGAGGAACAACUCGUCCAAGGAAGAGUCCGGUGGUGGGUCAGGAGAUGACCACAGUUGUGUAGAUGUAGUCUCGGCACCAGAGAAGAAACACAAGGGGACAUCUGAUAGCAGAAAUGGGGAGACGCACAUGGAUGAGGAUCACCCGGACUCCACAGACGAUGUCAAUGGGGACAGCAAUGCGGGUGAGGGGCCUACAGAAGACUCUCGUGCUGCAGCCGCUGCUGAGGCUGAAAGACAGAAAAACAUGUCUCGAGAGGAAAGAAAGAUGGAUGCCAUCAUGAAGGCUUUUGAGAAGCUAGCAAAGCGAGAAGAAAGGCGAAAAGAAGCCUUGGAGAGACUUGCCUUAAAGAAGCAGAAGCAAGAGACAGAAAAAAAAGAGGAAAAGAGUGAAAAAAGUGAAGAGGACCAGCCAAAAGAAAAGCCCAAGCCUCCUCAAAAGAAAAAGGGUAAACGUGGCAGUGCCACACCAGCACGGCGGCGGAGUCGUAACAUCAGCGGGAACUCUCACUACUCGGACUCCGUACUGUCUCCUGAUGAAGGCAGUAAUCUCAGUAUGCCAGGGACAGGGGUGGCGCCACCACAAGACGGGCCACAGUUGACACCAGCCGAAAGAGCCUUCCGCUUUCCAAAGACCAAAAAACAUUUGAUGAAUGAGUGGUUGAACGAGAAGAGCCAGGACCUCCAGAGGCCGCUCAGUGUCAAGACGGAGCCUCUGGAGGUGACCACGGAGACUGCCGACUUUGUCAUGUGUGUGCCCAGCCCCCAUUCCAUGUCCCUGAACCACCUACGCAGAGGGAGCUUCUCCUCCAGCCAAGGGAAAUCCAACCUGGAAGCCAGCCUGGGCUCGGCCAAGAAGCGUUGGCUUCGGCAGGCCAUGUUUGAGAGUAACAACAGCAUCAGCAGUGAGGGCGGCUCCCCCGUGCAUGAAGGGACCAGCCCCAAUCCUCAUGCCAAUAUUCCAAGUCCAGGCUCUUCUCCACAACCAGUGGAUUUUGUGACACCAUUAAAGAAGCGCCGCCUGGCCAGGGAGUCCAUUUCCUCCGAGAGUGGCAUCUUGCCCCCAACUCCGUCCACCCCCUCCACUGAGCCUAUCCACAUAGGAGCAGGAACAGUCGAGACUGUACCAUCACAACCCACUGCAGUGACAGCAGGGUUAGACAGCAAAGACACUCCUGCAGCGGUCUCGGUUGAAAGAGUAAAGCCCUCAGCGACCGUUAAUUUUGCUACUCCCGAAGUAGAGGCUAAAACCAGGAAUGGGUUCAGGACGCAGUUUUCACCCAUGACACCAGUGACACCUAGUGAUAAUUUGUUUGAAAAGUUUAGCAGGCUGUCAGAUGAAGGUCAAGGUGGAGACCUCAGGCACCAGGAGUCCACGGAGAGCGAACUUUCAGAAUCCAUAUUAAACCGGCGGAAAUCUGCGUUAGACCUGGAGUUCGACAGUGAAAAGAUCAGUGGGAACAAAUUGGACACUGAAGGUGACAGUGAAAUGGCCAGUAACACAGGCCCUGGGGCAAACCCUGGCUGUUCCAGUGAAAAUAGUGAACAGAAUGAAAAUGCCAUGUAUGAGAGACAUAAAGAGGAUGUGGAGAUUACCUCAAGGACUUCAGUUGAUUCUAAAAGACCUGAUGAUGUACUUAAUGAUAACAGAGUGGAGGAAUUCAGUGAUAGUGACACUGCCAUGCAGACAGAUCAGGCUAGUAGCUCUGAGCUUAUCACUGCAGGAUUAUCAUCAUCAUCGUCGUCAUCGUUAUCGUCAUCAUAUUUGAGUAGAAAACCAGAGCCAAUGGAAGUGGUAACAGAGGCUGCCUCUUCGAAUACUACAAAUCAAAGACUGCCUGAAAUGGACAGCCGUCUGUUACAGGACCAGGAAGGGAAUAGAGCAGGAACCGCAUCCAUAGACUGUGAAAGGGAGUGUCUACCUGAGGGGGCAGAGCAGCAGGAGGCGGAGAGUUCACAGGUGCCCCCGGUGGAAUGUUCAGAUUCCGUACAAGAGAGGCUGGACGACAGCAUGGAGGUGGACUCCAGCUCGCGGACAGUGGACAUUGGGGAGAACAGCAUGGAUGAGGAAAAGAGUGUGAGCUCCAGUAACGUGGCCGAGUCCAGUUACAGGGCUGGCGGUGAACAGAUAGACACUUCCUCCUCCUCCUCAGGCGUGGUUGACCGGAGCCGGGAGGACAACGUGGCCAUAAUCAGCACAACAUCCAGCACAGAUAAGUGCACCAGUGCCCAGGGAAUGAGCGCUGCAGAUGUCAGCUCGAGCAUCACGGAGGCGGUGGACAGCGAGUACACCAGGUUCAGGUCGGACUCUGUGUCCAGUUCUGGUGACCAGUGCAGCAAAGAGUCGGUCAGUUCAACGUUCUCCCCCAAGAAACGUUUCUGCCAGUUGGCCAGCAUGGAGUCCAGUGUGUCUGAGGGAGUGGGGAGCAGUGCAUUGAAUGAGGCGCAGCCUUCCCUGCUGCCUGCCACAGUGGAGGCCACAUCCAAUUCAGUACAGGAGCCGAUGACAGGCGGGCAAGUGCCAACGGAAAGUGGUGCAUUUUCUGUGGAGUCGUCUGUGUCCAGUUCCACCCUAAAUACAAUGGCAUUACAGCAGCAACAGCAGCUGUCUUCACAUUUUGGUGCUGUGGGCACGUCAGUGGUGCCAGGGAUGUCAGUGGGUGUGGCCACAGUGUCAGCAACAGUGACCCCAGCUAUGGGGACUCCAGGGGAAGUGAGCUCCACAAGUGGGUUGAAUCCCACAGCAGGGUCACCACCCACGGCACCGCCACCACCAUCCAAGAAAAAGGUGUCUCUGUUGGAGUACAGAAAGCGGCGGAAGGACAAGGGCAUUGACUCAGCUAGCAACAGUGCCAGUUCCACCCCAACCAAGACCCCCACCACCCCGGGGUUCCCCUCCACGUCCCCCAGGCUGACGGGGCCCGUCUCCUCACUCCCCUCCCUGCCUUUAUUUGACAGUGGCAUUCCAGCAAGAGAGGGGGAGAGACCAAAUAUAGGAAAUUUGGAAGAAAAGUUGAAAGCUGUUUUGGCAGCAAACAGAAAAAAUGACAGUGAUGUCCGAUGGAAACCACCAUCAGCAGCAGCCACCUCCUCCUCGUCGUCGACAAUAACAGCACCAUUUCCACCAGAGCCAAAACCACCACAGAAACAGCUAAGCUUGACAGAGAGACUGAGGAUGGAGUUUGGGUUGGACGAUGAAGAGGAAGAGGAAAAACAGCAUUGGACAGCAGAGCACCACCGCAGUCCAAGGCGGCAUUCAGACACCCCUCCUCCCCCACCCCCUCCUGACCAUCCCCCUCCACCACCCCCAGGGAAACCUGCAGAUGAUCCCGGCUCCAGCCAGAUGCGAUUCCUACCUUCCCAGGGUCGGCCAUGUGGUGCCCCACCCCCUCAGAUGGUGCCUCCACCCCCUGCAGCUGUGGGCCACCCUAUACCAUCUCUGAUACCAGGGAUGCCACCAAAUGUAGCCUAUGCUACACAGCCAGCACCUUUCACUCAACAAGGAGGGAUAGCAAAGGGUCCUCCCCACUACCCCCCUCCCCCCAGUAGAGGGGUGCCAGUACAGACCCUGAUGCCAGGGACACCCAAGGGGUACAGUACAGGUGGACCAGAGUUACAGCACACUCCUGCCUUCUCCACAGGAGUUCAACAGCAGCAGCAGCAACAACAACAACAACAGAAACAGCAGCAACCACCUUAUGCAUUUACACAGCAGCAGCAGAGCAGUCAGAGUGUGGCGUACCCACAGUCUGUAGCGACUUUCCCUACGCAGCCCCCCCAGAGGAGCCGCACGCCCCCGUCUGCUGGCAGCACAGUUGGAGGUGGGGGGACGCCACAACAGGGGCCUCUGUUACCUCUUCCACAACAGCAGUCAGCUCAGCAACAACAACAACAACAGCAGCAAUCUGGGUACAGCAGAGACCAACCCAGACCCAUACCAUCACUGCUCUCUCUGAACACUGCCCCUGCACCAAGCUUAUUGAAUACGCCUCCACCCAGUUCAAACUUUAAGAGUCGAUUUGGUUCUGGAAAGAAGAAAAGAUUUUGAAAUGGAUUGCAGGGCCUCUUCUCGCGUGAUUGUGUAAUUGUUAAUUAUACACAUAGUGUUGCUGAGAUAAUUUCAGUAACAACGAUAUUCAUGCUUUAGAAAAAAGAAAACAGUCUGUCUUUCUUGUUGUUUUACGUACAACAAGGAAUUGCUUUUUGCAAGUUGGGUAAGAAAGAUGAAAACACGUAAUUGUUUUUAAAUGUACAGCCUAUUUAAGGACAUCCUCUUCUACAUCUUGCAUGUAAGAGAUAGCCGCAGAGGUCUCCUAACUGCCAUGGACCGCCAAGGUCCCUCUUGUACAAACCUGCCACCGCCCUGUAAAUGUGACUUGUAUAUAGAUCUAGGUGGCUGUAGCUCCUCGGCUUCGGUGAUGUAUAUUGAACGCUUAUUUUUGUUUGUACACAGUAGUGAAAUGGUUGUACAGCGCUUCAGUGAGGUGAACUUCGAAUCAUACUGUUUAGUGUACAUAGGUUUACACUAUUAUUUAGUGUAUAUAGGAUUACACCGUGUGCUUAGUUGUGUAUGUACAGAUAGUAGAUAACUACCCAGCCAUAAGCGCUAGGUAGACGUUCUCAAUGACAUUUGUCAGUGACGCAUAAAUAUUACUAUAUAUGUAAAUGUCACAGAGAUCGUCUGUAGUUACGCGUGUAAAUAACAGUGCGGACGGUCUCCUCGGUGAAACGAGACCCAAGCCUAAUUUGUACAUAGGAAUAAUUAUUAGUAUUUGUACUGUAGUUAGUUUUGACGGUUCCGUCUUUCAAGUCUUUCAGUGCCUCGUGGCCGAGGUUCCUAGUUUAGUUGCGGAGGAAGCGUGGAGCGGUGUGUUGCUGGACUGUUCUGUAACAAGUACGAAACACACGAUCACACGUCUUCACGUGCACAUGUACAGUCGGGCACUGCUUUGGCUGCCUAUUCUUAGAGCAAAUUUUAUUUUGUAAGUCAGAUUAAUUAUGAUACGCCCGUGAUUUAGGCGAUGAUUUCACUGUUGAAAAGGUUUGAAUACUGCUUGUACGUCUAAUCCGUUUCUUGUUCAAUUUGGCAGUAGUGCGCUUCUUUGGGAAGUCGACCCCCCUCUCCCCCCUUCCUUUUCAGGUAAAUUGUCUCACUUGGAUGUUAGAUGGAAGGACUUAGUGGUGAGAAAGUGGAAGUUACGUUCACCCCAUUGUCCGGUCAUUACAAGGCCAUUAUGUCGUUGAACAAUGCCUCGUCGUGUCAGCUUUACGCUUGUGACCAUGCGAGGGGAAAAGUGUUAUUUUGAAUUUUCCCCUCGUUUUCCACACACGCACACCUGCGCGGGCUCCCCGGCUUGUCGGCAAAGUUGAAAAAGAAAACAAGGUACUUUGAGCGCACGUUCACUGGCAGCCUGAUUUAAUGGGAGUUGAUUUGUGAAGAAAGAGAGAAACGUCCCAAACCAACCGUGAAAGAGACGAACAAACACGACGUUUUGAUUGACACAGGUGUGCGUGGAUUUUUGGCAACUAUUUGACGGGAGGUUUUUACUUCUUGAUUAGGUACGGAGAAGAAAGGCCAGUAAUUGCAAGUCCCCACAUGAUCAUGAGUCGUCUGUCACACUGGCAUAAAAAAGACUAAAUUCCCUGUGGAAAUUGUUUAAAGAUCACAACAAUCGUAUAGAAAUUCCGUUUACAUUUCAUCUGCGGAUUUUAAUUUGUUUUAUUAUAGUCGACAGCAACAACGGAGAGGUUUGUUUUGCCGCUCGGUCCUUCCAUCUAAUGGUUACUUAUUGUUUACUUACCAAACAAGCGCUCAAUGGCUUAUUGCUCACUGUUAUUUGUCUGUUGUAGCUCCGAUCUCCUAAUUGUAGUCUGUGAAUUCCGUUCGAAAUGUCAACAACUCUGAUUUGGAUGUAUCAUAAUGAAACGGUUAUUUCUGAUGAAAAGAAAAAGAUCAGUUUUACGUAUAAUAAAACUUAUUCUUGGUAAAAAGAACCUACAAUGAA